UUGAUUCUCCCUCAUUGGUGACACGCGCGUUUCCUUAUUUGAUUUGAAAUGGCGUGGUUAUAUGAUGGAAGCCUUCACCUUGCUUACCCUAUUACAUUUCUUCAAAACAACACAAGGUCAUCCAUCACCCUGCACGAGGUAACUCUUAUUUCUUUGGCUUUUUAUGCUGAGGUAGUUAUCUAAAUGUUGAAGAAGGCGACAAAGAGAGGAAGAAGACACGGUGUGAGUGAAAAUGAAAUUGAAGAGAACAAUAGUGACAAGCUCAGCGAUUUGCCCGACUGCAUUCUCCUUUACAUUCUGUCAUUUUUAGCCGCCAAAUCUGCAGUUCAAACAUGCAUGCUAUCCACAAGAUGGAAGAAUCUUUGGAAACAACUUCCAGGCCUUAUUUUGCAUCCCCAAGACAACUUUUCCACUUACAAGAAGUUCACCAAAUUUUUGUCUAGGCUUUUGACUCUUCGUGAUGGUUCGGCCGCGCUGCACGAGCUCCGUUUCUGGCGCGGUCGUCCCAUCCAGACUCAACUCCUCAAAAGGAUGGUAAAAUAUGUUGUUUCACACAAUAUCCAGAAAUUACAUCUUUUCGUCUUGUGCGAUAUUCAAGACUUCCCGCGCUGCAUCUUUUCAUCUCAGACUUUGACAUCUCUUCAGCUCGGAGUUCACUCUAAAGGUUUUACUUCAGAGAAAAUGUCAUUGCCGAAAUCUCUUAAUUUGCCUGCAUUAACAGGCUUGUAUCUAGAGAAUUUCUCAUUUUCUGGAAAUGACAUUGACCGUCGCCGCGUAGAGCCCUUUUCGGCUCUUAUCAAGUUAAAUACUUUGAUGAUUCACAAUUGUACUCUCAGUGAUGAUGCAAAUAUCCUCUGCAUAUCAAGUAAGUCUCUAUGUCAUUUAACUGUGAUUGAAUAUUCUAUGGUUUUAUACCAAAUUGAGCUAUCUUCUCCAAGCCUUCGUGCCUUCGCCUUUGAGGGCAUUCCUAGUAUGCCACACAUUGGGAGCAAUCUUUCUUCCAUUGAACAAGUGAAUAUUAAUGCAGCAAUUUGGUCUGUUAACCAAGGAAUUUUUCAGUCAGAAAAGUGGGGAACUUUCCAUAGUGCUUCUUUUGCUAUAUUCAGCUGGCUGCUAAAACUUUCCAAUAUAAAAUCGUUGACAAUCACUACAAGUACUCUUCAGGUUCUCAGCUUAUUUCCUCUUUUAUCGGAGGUUAAGCCUCCUAUCUUGAAUACCUUGGAGUCAUUGAAAAUAAUACAGGUACAGUUUUCAUAUGGACUUCCCACAACAUUGAGAGGAGAAUCUGGACUUAUACCUAUACCUGAUGGAAUAGUAGACUUUUUGCUUCGAAAUUCACCAUCCGCAAAGGUUGACAUCAUACCACCGCGCUGAGGACCAUAUAUUGAAAGGAAGUUAUUGGUGCUUUGCGGAAAGAUUAUAUUUUGUGGUCUAUGAAGGUUGAUAAAAAGAAAGGAAGGAAGACAGAAAGAAUUCCUAGGCACUUAUUUGCUGUUAUGAUAUUUUUGAAUUUUGGAACUCAUUGUCAUAUAUUGAAGUUUAUAUAUUAGCUUUUGUUU